AAUAGUUAAAUGAGGAAAAAGCAGAAGUGUUGGUCAGGACGCUGUUGAUGCUGUAAAUCCUGCUCCGUCUACGGCAGCCUGUGUGGAGGAGAGCAGAGAGACAGGUGUGACACAGGGGUCAAGGGUUAAUCCAGGUCACCGAGACAGUGAAGCAGCAGGGUGCAGAGAUGUCUGCUGCCAACUGUCUGUUGACUGAAGAUCAGUUUCGCUGCUCCAUCUGUCUGGAUGUGUUCACCAAUCCCGUCACCAUCCCAUGUGGACACAACUUCUGUAAGACCUGCAUCACAAGAUAUGGGGCUACCAGUAAUGAGUGUCCCAACUGCAGAGGAGUUUUUUACCAAAGACUGGAGCUGCGGGUCAACACUGUUCUCUCUGAGAUGGCUGCUCAGUUCAAGAAGUCAUCCAAACAGAACGCCAGGAGCAGCCUGAAACAAAAAGCCCCCGAUGAUACUGGAGCCAUACUGCUGGCAUGUUUGGUGUGUCUCAUAUGUGUCCUCAUAGCCUGGAUGGUUUUAGGACACGGCAAUCAUGACGCUUUAGAAUAUAUCAACCCUGAGCUGGUGAAGACAGAGGCUGAAAUUCAGCAGAUGAUCCAAGCAAGAAGACUGAAGAUCCAAGAGACUGAACAUUCAGUGGAGCUCAGUAAGAGACAUGCAGACAAGGAGCUGGCACAGAGUGUUCAGGUUUUAACGGCUCUGAAAGAAUCUGUUGAAAGUAACCUAAUGAAGGUCACUGAUACAGUAAAAGAGAAGCAGAGAAAGAUGGAGACCGAAGCUGAAAGCUUCAUCAGACAGCUGGAACAGGAAAUCUCAGUACUGAUGAAGAGGAGCGCAGAGAUGGAUCAGCCCUCCAUCGCUCAGCUGAAGGAACUCAUCAGUGAAGAGAUGCAGAAACAGAUGAAGGGGCUGCUGGCUGGGGCUGAGCUGAAGAGUGUUCAGAGGUACGCUGUGGAUCUGACUCUGGAUCCUGAUACAGCACAUCCCUAUCUCAUCCUGUCUGAUGAUGGAAAACAAGUUCAUCACGGGGACGUGCAGCAGGACGUCCCAUAUAAUCCAGGAAGAUUUGAUACAGCUCCCUUUGUGUUAGCGAAGCAGAGUUUCUCUUCAGGCAGAUUUUACUGUGAGGUUGAGGUGAAAGGGAAGACUGAUUGGUUUUUAGGAGUUGCCGGAGAAUCAGUCAGUAGGAGGGGACGAAUCAUUCUGACUCCACAAAAUCACUUCUGGACUCUGUGUUCGUGGAAAGAGGAGUACUUUGCUCUCACUGGCCCUGCUGUCCGUCUCUCUCUGCAGUCCGGUCCUGAGAAGGUGGGGGUGUUUGUGGAUUACGAGGAGGGUCUGGUCUCCUUUUAUGACGUUGAUGCUGCAGCUCUGAUCUACUCCUUUCCUGGCGUCUCCUUCACAGAGAAACUCUACCCGUUCUUCAGUCCCUACAUUAAUGAUGGCGGUAAAAACUCCGCCCCUCUCAUCAUCUCCCCUGUAGAUCACACUGGUUAGAAUUUACUAUUUUAGAAGCUUUUUAGGGCCGCUGAAGCACCCCUACAUUCAUCUCAGCUCCUGGUGUGAAGAGGACAUCUCUCACCACACUGACACUCUGCUCACACCUUCAUUUAUUUCUUAGAUUUCAUUUUAAAUAAUGUGAAGUAAUGAUCAAUAACAUUGUUAAUCAAAUAUAUUCUUAUAAAUGCACAAGUGGUUUGCAGGUGACGUCACGCCACAGCAGAGGACUCCAGAUGGGGGGCAUGAUCUGAUUUCUGCACAGAAAAUUGCCAUAAAAAUGUUAAAGUCUUGUGCAUUUCCAUGUGUUUCUCUAGCCUGCAUGCAUGCUGCUGCAUGGUCUCUGCAGCUCCCUCCUCCAUUGUAUGGCAGACAGGUACGAGUGUGGCACGUAGCUCAGUGAAUUAAUUUUUUUACAGGCCCCUUUAUGAACACAAUUCAAGAUUAAAUUAAAAUAACACACAGUCACCACUUUACUGUACAGUCUCUUGUCUCAGAGAUUAACAUCAAAAACAACAAGCCCAGAAUACGAUCAAACACUCCUGCACUAUGAGUGAAGCUGUCCACUAAGUUGGCCACCUCCUGACUGUGGUAAUGGCUUGUUUGUGAUGAUGAAGGCGUGUUCAUUGAUCCACAGUUGCCAUAAGAUACUUCAUAUGGCUACAGUAGUUGAGUGUUUUAUUAUGGAUUUGAAAUGUUUUUAGCUUGCUAGCUAACUUCCAUCUGUAGUACCUGGGCCAGUAAAUAACAACAAUGAAAUACAACACAAAUCAAUCGUCUAUGCUUGGGGUUCCCAGACUUGUUAGCCUGUGACCACCAAAAUAAGAGACCAGAGACCCUCACAGAGACCCAUGGAGGAGGUAAAAUGUAUGAUGCUGCCAAAGGCUUCACAUACAAAUCUACAUUCAGAACUUUGUACACAUUACUUACAUUUAAGUUUUAGACUAUUUUUUACAGUAAUGGAUGAGAUAUACAACUUUAAAUCUUAAAUUUCUCUUUGUUUUUAUUUUAAAAGCAUCCCGUGACCCCCCCCUUCAGGCUGUCAUGACCCCCCUGGGGGCCCUGACCCCCACUUUGGGAACCACUGGUCUACACACAUGUACAUGCACAUACACACCCACUUACCCACAUUUGUUCGCCUUUUUUUUUGCCACUUUUUGUCCAUUUCUGAAACAUCCCUGCUUACUUGAGCUGCCUAUGCCAUGUCUUUGCCUGUUUCUCCACUUGUCACCCAUUGUUGUCAUUUUUUGCCCAUUUGUGCCACUUUUUUGCCUAUAUUUGCAAAAACUUCUUGCCUACUUUAGCCUUUUUAUUUUUUUAACCAGUUUUGCUAUUAUGUAUCUACAUUUGGCCCUUUUUGCCAUUUGUGCCCAUUUUUUCCCAAUUUUUUUUUUUUAACAUACUCUUUACUUCAUUCGCCACUUAUAUUCCU